GUGGCUUGCAUCUUAUAGUAGGGCCAUACCUCCAGACCGCAUAGGCUAAAUAAAACAAUACUAUCACUGGAUAAUCACAUCGGACUACUAAAGGAGUCGUUUGGAUCUUCAUUUUUAUUUUAGGCAGAGGAUUCACGAUUUGUUUUACAAUGAAAUUCCACAAGGACUUAUUUCUAUUGACAUUGAUUGUGAACGCGAACUGCUGUGCUGCUAUAUAUUGGCUUGGACUCACUGUAAAUGGAAGCUCUUUAGGCUGGAAUCAAACUAAUCAUUGCAAGCUGCUAGACGCGUUGGCCCAUGAUCAAUUGCAAAUUUGUCGGCGAAAUCUCGAGCUGAUGCACAGUAUUGUCCACGCGGCCAAGAUUACCAAAAAUACAUGUCAGAACACCUUCGGUGACAUGCGGUGGAACUGUUCCUCUGUUGAAAAAGCCCCUCGUUUUACACCAGAUUUAGCAAAAGGAACCAGGGAGUCCGCAUUUGUGUUCUCACUAGCUGCUGCCGUAGUGAGUCACUCCAUCGCCAGAGCCUGCUCUUCUGGAGAGCUCCCCAGUUGCUCGUGCGCCCCAGCCCCUGCUGAACAGGCCGGGCCCGACUUCAAAUGGGGAGGAUGUGGUGAUAACCUGCGCUAUGGUCUCCAAAUGGGAUCUGCCUUUUCUGAUGCACCGAUGAGAAACAGCAAAUCUGGCUCUCAGCCGUUCAGACUGAUGAACUUGCACAAUAAUGCAGUUGGAAGACAGGCACUUAUUGAUGCCCAGGAGACCAAUUGCAAAUGCCACGGGGUGUCCGGAUCCUGCUCUGUCAAAACAUGUUGGAAGGGCCUCCAUGAUAUUAACCACAUUGCCAUGGAUCUCAAAUCCAAGUACCUGUCUGCCACCAAGGUGAUCCAUCGUCAUGUUGGGACAAGGAAGCAGUUGGUCCCCAGAGAGUUGGAUUUUCGACCAGUGAGAGAGAGUGAGUUGGUCUACCUGGUCAGCUCUUCGGAUUACUGCACACACAAUGAGAAGCAUGGCUCACUCGGUACACAGAACAGACAGUGCAAUAAGACAUCCAACAACAGUGGGAGUUGCAAUCUAAUGUGCUGUGGUCGCGGCUACAAUGCCUUCACUGAGAGAAUUGUGGAGAGAUGCCAAUGCAAGUACCACUGGUGCUGCUAUGUCACCUGCAAGAGGUGUGAAAGGACAGUGGAGAGAUAUGUAUGCAAAUAAACGUUGCCCAGAGACACUUGAGUAAACAUGAAGCACUAUUUUCACCACCAUAUCUUGUCAAGCUGUGCUGGCCCAGGUCACCUGACCUGACUCCCUGUGUAGUAGUAGGUAGCCUGCAGGCUACAGUACAAUAAAAAACAAGAGGAACAACUCACACUACCAAAGAUAAGCGGAUGGAUCUGGACUCCAACGUUACCUGUUUUAAAGAGACUGGGGGAGGGCACUACUGUGAAAAAUAUUGUGUUACUUGAAGAGAAAAUGUGAUUGAUUGAGAGCUGUUAGCUAUUCAUGCUUGAUUAGUAAAAUGUUGCUCAAUAGAAGACAAGUUGAAUACAUGACAAAGGAGGUGAAUCACAACAAAGACUGCUCAGAAGGUACCCUAAAUGCUAACCGCCCAGUCAGCUUUAAGAUGUCCAGCUGACAAUGAAAAGCUUUUAACAAUUUACAUAUUACUCAUUAACUAAAUUGCCAAUGAGAGGCAGAAUUACUGAUUGAUCUAAUUUGAAUGUCCAUUGUAGUCAAAAGGGGCUACUGCCAUAUACUCCUCAGCUUAGGUAUAUUCUGAUCAUAGGCAUGCAAAACACAAAUUAUCAACAGAAUACAUUUGAGCUGUAUUUUUAGUUUUUGAUUAAUAUAUUAGGCAUGUUGAUGUACAUAAGUGCAAUUUUAUAUUUAUUUUUAU